AUGGUGAAAGUGGCGGGCGUGAGGUGGGCGGCCCGGCGGCAACUCCUUGGCCCUGAGUGGGGCUUGGUCGGCAGGGGUGCGGCGCAGCUCCGCGGCGUGGCGGCUCUGCUCGGCGAGGAGGUGGCCCCACUAGCGGGCACCAGUGGCGGGGGGGGGGGGGGGGGGCAUGCCCAGGCACGUCCCGCGCAAGCAGAGGCCGGAGGCAGGGCCCUGCGCGGCUCGCCGGUGGGGCAGGGGCACUGCUCGGGGUGCGGCGCGGCCGUGCGCUGGGGCCGGGCGGUGGGGGCCGUGGGCAGGUGGCGAGAGCGGGGCGGAGCCGUUCAGCUCACCCAGGGAAGCGGCGCGGAGGCGGGGUGGACGGCCCCCGGCACGCGGGCUGGGGCGGGGGUGUCCGGCGCCGUCGGCCUGCCUGGCGGCCGCGUGGACUGGGGCCGGCCGGGAGCGGAGAGGAGGCGGGGUGGAGGGCCCCGCCGGGCGAGCCGGGCCGGGGCGUGGCACGCCGGGACGCCGGUGUGGCAGACGCGGCGACCGGGGCCGGCCGGGCCGGCGCGUAGGCAGGGUGGCGGGGAGGGCGCGACGGUCGGGAGGCGGAGGCAAGGGGUGGCGCCGGAGGCGGGUGAGUGGGGUGGCGGCAGGGGAGGGUGCGGCGGCUGGGAAGGCGGUGGCAAGGGAGGUGCCGGUGGGUGGGAGGCCGUGCCGGCGGCGAGGGCGCAGAGGGGUGGCGGCAAGCACCAGCUAGCAGCACGCGGGUGA